UCUCAACAAAGGAAGUGAUCAAGAACAAAGACAAUGGCCAAAAUGAGACUACUACUAGUACUACUUGGCCUUCUCAUCUUCUUUACCCCUUCCCUCUGUUGUCCUGAAGAUCAUAAACAAGCCCUUCUCCAGUUUAAAGCUUCUCUCAUCAAAGCAGCCAAUGGUUCCUCUGUAGAAAGCCAGUUGUUUGAUUUAGAAUCAUGGAAUUCUACUUCAGAUUGUUGCCAUUGGGAUAGGGUCAUUUGCAGUUCUCACUUCGAUUCAAGGAAUGUCAUUGCUCUAUAUCUUGACUCCCUUUUUGCCAUGCAAUUUCUGGAGCCAAUAGUUGUGAUUUCCAUCAUCUUGACACCGCUCUUCCGCAUUUCAAGCUUGAUGCUGCUUGACAUUUCAUCGAAUCAAAUACAAGGAGAAUUGCCAGGCAGCGGAUUUGCCAAUCUGAGCAAAUUGGUGUAUCUUGACAUGAAACUGAAUGGCUUCAGCGGCUCCAUUCCCUCUCAACUUUUUCACUUGAGGCAUCUUCAAUAUGUUGAUAUGAGUAGUAAUUCAUUCCAUGGUGUUCUAAGUGAGGAAGUGGGCUCUCUUCAAAACUUGAGAGUAUUGAAGUUGGAUGAAAACUUUCUUGGUGGAAACAUCCCUAAGGAGAUGGGGAACAUAACAAAGUUGCAGAAAUUGUUUCUUCGCAGCAACAAGUUCUCUGGUGGGAUUCCACCUUCAUUUCUCCACUUGAAGGAGUUGGAAGAAUUGGACUUAAGAGACAAUUUAUUGUCAAUGGAGAUUCCUCUUCAUAUCGGCAAUCUAUCCAACAUGACCAGUUUGGCCUUGAGCAACAACAGGCUGACAGGUAGAAUCCCAUCAUCCAUUCAGAAAUUGGCAAAGUUGGAAACAAUUCAACUGGAAAACAACUUGCUCACUGGAGAAAUUCCGUCCUGGUUGUUCAAUAUUAAGAGCCUGAAGAGUCUUGUUCUUGGAGGUUCGAAUAAUCUGACCUGGAAUAAUAAUGAUGCAAAGAUAGUGCCAAAGUGUAUGCUCUCUCAAUUGUCUAUGAAGUCUUGUGGUCUUGCAGGAGAAAUCCCAGACUGGAUUUCUACACAGAAGACACUUGAAUUUCUGGACUUGAGUGAGAACCAGCUAGAAGGAGUGUUCCCACAAUGGCUUGCCGAAAUGGAGGUAGGAAGCAUAAUCCUGUCAGAUAACAGUCUUACAGGUUCUCUCCCGCCUCGUCUCUUCUCUCCAAGUCUAGCAGUCCUUUCCCUGUCCCGGAACAAAUUUUCUGGAGAAUUGCCAGCCAACAUUGGUAAUGCCAAUGAACUCAUGAUUCUUAUGCUGGCUGGAAAUAAUUUUUCAGGGAAGGUUCAUGAAUCUAUCUCCAUGAUAUAUCGCCUCCUAAUACUGGACUUGUCCAGCAACAGAUUUUCUGGCAACAGUUUACCAGAUUUGAGCUCCAAUGUAUUGCUCGGUUACAUCGAUUUUUCUUCAAAUGAAUUGUCAGGUGAAAUUCCAUCAAAAUUCUCCCAAGAAACCAGACUUCUUGCAUUGGGAAAAAAUAAGUUUUCUGGAAGCUUGCCCAGAAACCUGACUAAUAUGAUUCAGCUUCAACACCUAGAUAUUCAUGACAACAACAUCACAGGGGAAUUGCCAGAGUUCAUGAGCCAAAUCUCCACCCUUCAAAUCCUAAAUUUGAGAAACAAUUCCCUCCAAGGUUCAAUCCCUGACAGUAUUUCCAAUCUAAGUAGCCUCCAAAUUCUUGAUCUCUCGAGCAACUACCUUGUUGGAGAAAUCCCUGCAAAGUUUGGAAAUCUUGUUGGCAUGAUCGAAACUCCCAACACAUUGUCUUCAAGCCCUGACAUUUUCAACAAUAUCCCAAAUGGGUUAAAUGAUCUGAUAGUGAAUUGGAAGAGGUCGAAACAAGCUCUCCCAGGGCACAGCCUGGAGCUCUAUUCUUUGUUAGACUUGUCAGUGAACCAACUUUCUGGUGCAAUUCCAGCUUCAUUAGGUACUUUGAAGGGCCUCAAGCUGCUUAACAUCUCACACAACAAUCUCUCCGGGAAGAUACCAGCAAGUUUUGGUGAUUUAGAGAGUGUAGAGAGUUUGGACUUGUCAUACAACAAACUAUCAGGCUCCAUUCCUCGAUCACUAGCAAAGCUGCAACAACUUACUAUUUUGGAUGUAAGUAACAACAAGCUCAAAGGUAAGAUUCCAGUUGGUGGCCAGAUGGACACAAUGAAUGAUCCAAACGAUUUUGCCAACAACAGCGGCUUGUGUGGAAUGCAAAUUUGGGUGCCAUGUUGGGAAGAUCAGCUGUCACCGGCAGAGCCACCAGAGGAUGAGAGUAAAGAUGCAUGGUUCUCGUGGGAAGGAGUGGGUAUUGGAUACUCAGUUGGCUUGUUUAUAGCAGUGGGAAUCAUAUAUUUAACUGGGUAUUUUCACCCAGCACCACCUUCAAAUCUCCGCCGCCAACAAAGAAGGCAAAGGGUUUAAGUUUCAGGCCUCUUACAAGUUAUGCAGCCUAUGGUAAAAUAUCUAUGUCCCAGGAUCAUCAAGGCUUCAAGCAAACAACAGUAACAAGUAGCCAUUCAUAAGUAUCAAGAAGUCAUCUCUGUUAUGGAAGUGUAGAAUAAAGUGAGAGGAUCAUCAAGGCUUCAAGUAAACAAUGGCAUGUAGCCAUUCAUAAGUAUCAACAAGUAAUCUCUGUUAUGGAAAUGUAGAAUAAAGUGAGAGGACA